AAUCACUUUGUUUUUCUUUUUUCCUCAUUGAAAUGAUUUCAAAGACAUAGAGUGGGGGAGUUGCAAGCCAUGGCGCAGGGCCUCAUCCAAACGGGAACAAACCACUCUUUCUUCUUCUCAUCUUCCAAAUCCAAAUUCCCAUUACAAAUAUGCAAAUUUCCCUUCAUUCUACCAUCUCUUCGUCUUCGUCUUCGUCUUCUUCCUCUUCCUCGCUGUUUCUGCAGCUAUUCUUCUUUGCAACAAUCAAUCGACCUGUCCAACUACAGGGAAGCUUUCUCCAAGCGCAUGGAUAUGGCUGGACUCAAACCCCACCACCAUAUAGCUCUGGGAGUUAGUGGAGGGCCCGAUAGUAUGGCUCUUUGUGUUCUUACGGCGGGCUGGAAAAUGGAUGGCCUGGGUACCUCAUGUAAAAGUAGCACUUUUCUUGAUGGGCUCCUGGCAAUAGUCGUGGAUCAUGGGCUUCGUGCUGAGAGCAGAGUCGAAGCACAAGUUGUCUACAAUCGAGUUACUCAAUUGGGUAUCCGAUGCGAGCUUGCGUCUUGUGAUUGGAUAAACGGUAGACCAAAGCAGGGUCACUUGCAAGAAGCAGCUCGUGAUAUGAGGUACCAAAUGUUGCAGAAAGUUUGUGUCCAACACAAGAUUGGAGUGAUACUUGUUGCGCAUCACGCGGAUGACCAGGCUGAGUUAUUCAUUCUUAGGUUGUCUCGCAGUAGUGGUGUGCUUGGACUUGCGGGAAUGCCUUUCACUUCUCAAAUUUUCUCCUCGCACACAUAUUCUUACAGCGAAGUUUCCAAGAAUUAUGGUGUCCUUCUCGUGAGACCACUAAUGGAUUUUUCUAAAGAUGACAUGUACAAGAUAUGUCAAGGUGCUAAUCAAGAUUGGGUUGAAGACCCAACAAAUAGAAGUUCCUUGUUUGCUCGAAAUAGAAUUCGAAUGUCAUUGGGAGAUCUGUCAUCGAGUACUCUCAAUUCUGAGCUACAUGCCAUUAUUUCUGCCUGUAGGAAAACACGCUUAUUUAUUGAUCAAGUCUGUUUAAGCCUUGCAAAUUGGACUUUGACCAUAACGGAGGUGGGAUAUGCCAUUAUUAAUUUGGAGAUUCUGAAUCAAUUGAAAAUUCCAGAUAUUUGCCUGACAAAGUUUGUGUCCUUAGUUUUGCAGUUCAUCUCUCAAAGGCACAGACCAGUUAGAGGUAACACUGCAAAAUUGGUGUUAGACUACAUUCAAACAGUUCCUUGCAAGACUUCACUGACAGCCGCUGGCUGCUACAUUUGUCCAGCUCCUGGAUCUAAGGGCACCAGGUGCAUAGUCUGUUGUUCUGUGGAUUGCCCUUUGCCUUCCAAAAUAGAAGUUUUUCAUGCGCCCUCUUAUAAGAAAGAGAGAAACGAUGUUUCUGAUGGGUUAGAAAAAAUCAUUAAUGAUGGGAAGUCAUAUUUAGAACACUACAUUCCUGAAGCUUCAGAUGUGCACUUCUUGGAUGCAACCCCUGAAACUGUUCUAGAUGAAGCAAAAAGGCUAAAUAUUAUCAGUGAAUCAACCUAUAGGAUCAUCGUUUCGCUGCAGAUGCAAGAGACCAAACUCUUCAAAGCAGAACCAAAAUUCACUCCUGGACAUGAAUCAAAACAUGGUUCACACUCUGUACGAACUUCAUUCAGUGGGCUGCUUAAGCCGGGGCAAAUAUGUAACUAUAUGAACAGGUUCUUUAUCACUUGGAAAAUAAAAGAUGAAAAUGAAGUCAACACUUUUAAGGCGGCUGGUUGUAAUGCAUUUUGCAAGUCCUGUGUUUUAGGUUGUCAUAUGGAGUUAGAGGUGCGGCACAUGACCGAAUCUGAUUGGCUUUAUCUUUCCAAGUUGUCUGAGUGCAGUUGCACUGUAAAGAAUUGUCAAAACCCAAGAGACACUUUAGCCAGUUUGGAGGGGCAGACCAUGGAGAGUACGAAUAGAUGUUUAAAUUCUGCCAGAUCAUCAGCUAGAGAAGCAUUGGUGCUGUUGAAAUUGAUUCCAGUUGCUGCAAGAAGAAGUCUUCCAGUUCUAGUCAAUCAUCAAGGGUUGCUUCUAAGUAUUCCAUGCAUUAGGUUCAGCCAUUGUCCAUGGCUGGUUGCUUCUGCAGAGUUCAAGCCAAUGGUACCAUUCGGUGGAGGCCAUAGUUCAUUCUUAUAGAUGCAGAGCGCACAAGCUGCACCUUUCUACGAACCACCAGGCUUGUAUGGUAUUCAACUUUGUGCUUGUAUAGCAUUCAACAUAGCUUGGGAAGAAAGGGGAGCUGUACUUCAAUGAUCAAUCGAAGUUGUAAGUUGUGAUUAGAGAGGAUAAGUUGACUUGAUUAUUUUAAUUAAAUGUUCUAGAAUUUCAAUUAUAAUAAUUGAAGAAGAAAGUGCAAUUUCUCUAUUGUCUAA